UUUAAUCAUUCGGUAUUAUUAAUCUCUGGCUUCCACAGCUGGUGUUUAUCAUGUCUUCCUCCUAUCACGCCCAACCAGUCAUGGCAGAUGGCUGCCCUUUCUAAGCCUGGUUCUGCUGGAGGUUUCUGCCUGUCAAAAGCAAGUUUUUCCUUCCCACUAUCGCCAAACCAGUCUCUCAAACAGGUCAUACGAUUGUUGGGGGUUUUCUCUGUCUUAUUGUAGAAAAUUGACCUUGCUGUUCAAUUAUUGUUGUGAUUUGGCAGUAAAUAAAUAAAACAGAAUGUGAUUGAAUAUCAUAGAAUGAUAUAUUCUAGCUAUUUGGAGCUUGAAAAAAUUUGAGUAUUUGAAGUAGCCUUUAAAUGACUCCUAGCAAGUGUGUGUGUUUGUGUGUGUGUUACAAAUCCCUGACUGACACUGUUUCAACGUUUUAACUACAAAGAUUCUUCUAAUAUAUUUUCUUGUUUGACUGGUCAGGUUUGGAUCAAGAACUUCAUUCCACCUGAUCUCUUGAGGAGAUCAAAUAUACCCCUCAGAUUUCACUUCCCCUUCUAGGACAUCUGUCAUGAACUGGAACUGGCUGCAGGCCCUUAUCAGUGGGGUCAGCAAUUACUCCACAGUGUUCGGUCGGGUCUGGCUCUCAGUGGUCUUCAUCUUCCGGGUGAUGGUGUUUGUGGUGGCGGCUCAGCGGGUGUGGGCUGAUGAAAGGAAAGACUUUGAAUGCAACACUAGACAGCCAGGCUGCACCAACGUGUGCUAUGACCACUUCUUCCCCAUCUCCCACAUCAGUCUGUGGGCCCUGCAGCUCAUUUUCGUCACAUGCCCGUCACUGAUGGUUGUUGCCCAUGUCAAAUAUCGACAGAUGAAGGACUUAAAGUACACCACCACCCAUGAGGGUAAACACAUGUAUGCCCGCCCUGGGAAGAAACGUGGAGGGCUGUGGUGGACAUACCUGGUAAGAAUGAAGGGUGCUAAUGUUUCAUUCCAGUUAUGUUGUGUAUGCCACGCAUGGAAGGACAUUAGCAAUUAUAAUGUAUGCGCAACAAGCUUCACCACACCUCUAAAAAUGAUGUGAAGUUGUAUGUGUGAUGACUUUGCAAGAGUGGUGGUAUUUUGGUAUCUAUCCAAUAUCAAGUAUUGCAGAUGCAGAUACCAAGAUACUAAUACUACCUACCUAAACUAGACUAUAGAAAAAUAGAUGUAACAGUCAGCACAAAAAUGCUUCUAAACAUUUCUACAUAUAUACUGAACUUAGAGGACAGAAAAAAGUACAGAUCAUAUCAUCCUAGUAUCAAUCUGAUACUGAGACUAGCCUUAAUUAUCGAUAUUUGGAGAGAGCCCAUCUCUAUUUGCAGUCAUUCGAUUCUUUCUUCCUUUAAACAGCCAUAUAAUACCAAAUGUUCAGUUUGUUUUGACUGAUUUUGGUAUAUUUUGGUAUUUGGUAAUAUCACGAAUCUUCCUUUUCUUGAUAAUCAGGAUGAAGAGUCCUCACUUAGGUUACAAAUUUUACAUAGGGUCACUUAUCUUUUUUUUUUUUUGUAACUGGCUAAACAUAAUAAGAGCUUGAACAAGUGGCUGAGAUAAGUUACAGUAAUUAUUGAACCUUUAAAAUUAAUCCUGCCAAACACAGCCAUUAUCAACUGAGAAAACACUUGGACUUUAAGUACAGAUCAUAUCACCCUAGUAUCGAUCUGAUACUGAAAGAAACUGGUUCUAUGCUUUCAAAGCUUCCUUUAAACAGCCAUAUAAU